AUGGAAACAGGUUUGCUGGCGAAUCAUAAACUGAAAAAUGUUGGAAGCGGAGAUCCCCCUCCUUCGUCUCACCAUCACACACCUCCACAGCAGCAACAGUCGCAACCAUUCAAUCAAUUCCAACAGCAUCACCACCGUCAAAUCCAAAAUAACACCAAUAACCAGCAGCCUGUACAAGGAGACUUUGCGAAUCGACAGCAUGGUGGUAAAGAGAAUAUUUUGGGUAACCAAGUCGAACGCCAUCAGCAAUCGCUGAAUAAAAGUAACGAGGAAGAUCAGCCGUGCAAAGCAGGGGGGGAUCGGAUGGGCAGCAGGUACGACCACGCCAACUUAGGACCGACGAGUAACAACAACAACAACAACACCGCCAACAACAACCAGUCUCAAGGUGGGAACAGUUCAGUUUCUGAGUUUAAUAAUUAUUAUGGGAAUGGAAGAGGAGGGCCUUGCUUUGAUCAACAUGGCGGACAACAAAGCCCUGGGACGGCUAUAAUGCAUUCGGCACAGAACAACAUGGAUCAAGUACAAAACUCCCACGAAGGGUACCACAACAGUCCGUAUAACCACUAUCCGAACUACCGACCUGGAUACGGUGGCACUGGAUAUGGUAUGAUGAGUCCAUCACGACAAGGGAACAUGAUGGGCCCUGGUAGCAAUUCGGCUGCAGCUGCUACUCAUGGCAAAUCUGCCAUGGCUGCUGCCUCUGCUUCUGGGGGUGGUGGAAAUGUUGGGGGAUUUCAGAGAUUUCCAGGUCAAAGUCAGCAGCAUCCUUCUGGAGCUACCCCGACUUUAAACCAGCUUCUGACAUCUCCGAGUCCUAUGAUGCGAGGUUAUGGCGGUGGCUACCAAGAUUACAAUAAUCCCACCGCACAACAACAAUCAAGCAUGGGUCUAAGUAAAGACAUGAGCUCCCAAUACAGCCCUGCGACUCAUGUUUGGGGAGGACAACAAAGAAAUCACCCAGCAAUGAGCCCUGGGAACAACGGACAAGGAAGCAUCAGAGGCCAGGUUGCACCCAUGGAUGCCAUGACGAUGAAACGCUCUCAGCUCUAUGGAAUGGGCAGCAGCCCUUAUUCUCAGCAGCAGCCAGGUGGGGCUUACCCUGGCCAGCCGUACGGAUCGCCUGCUCCUCAUCGCUACCCUAUGGGAAUGCAGGGGCGGGGCCAAGUGAGCAUGGGAGGAAUGCAAUAUCCUCAGCAGCAGCAGAUGCCAGGCCAGUAUGGUCAGCAGGGCAUGGGGGGUUAUUGCCAGCCAGGCCAGCCUCCCUAUUUUAGCCCCCCGCAGCAACAGCAGCAGCAGCAGCCGCCUGCCGCCCCCACCCAGAGUCACUACAUGCAGCCGCGUCCUCCCCCCCAGCAGGAUGCUCCUCAGGAGGGCUAUGGCGGCAGGGGCCAGCCUGCUAUGACUCCUGGGAAGGUCAACCACGAUGACAUGGGCCUGGGUCAGCACGACAGGCCAUCCAGCCUACCUGACCUGUCUGGCUCCAUCGACGACCUGCCAACGGGCACCGAAGCUGGUCUCAGCUCAGCGGUUAGCGCCUCUGGUUCUACUAGCAGCCAGGGCGAGCAGAGUAAUCCAGCUCAAUCGCCUUUCUCCCCCCACGCCUCACCCCGCCUCUCUGGCCUGCGCAGUGGACCGUCACCCUCUCCCGUCGGCUCUCCCGUCGGCUCCAACCAGUCACGUUCUGGACCUAUAUCUCCUGCCAGUGUACCAGGUACACAGAUGGCUCCGCAGACCCCAGGGAACGUGUCUGACGUUGGAUCCCAUUCAACCCUCAGUCAGUCACCCAUGUCUCAGGAGAGGGGGUUUCCACCUAGCAUGCAGAGGAACGCCCCUGGCUCUCAGUUUGGCCCCCAGCAACCUGGACCUCCCAUGUCCCCACACCCCUCCCCAGGUGGCCCCAUGCACCACAGUAUGGGUCCUUAUCAGCAGGGCGGCCCUUCUUACGGACCCCAGGGCGGUCCGUAUGGCCCCUCAGGUAACUACCCCCGACCACCCAAUUAUGGUGGAGCACCCAGUGCUAACUAUAGCGGCCCUGGGCCGGGCAUGGGAAACAGCCUGGGCAUGAAUGCCAGUGGCCCGAUGCAUGGGCAGGGCCCCGGGCAGCCCUGUGGCUCCAUGCCUGCGGGGAGAGGGCCAGGCCAGGCGGCAGGUAGCCGUCAGUAUCCUGCAGGGUCCGGCAGCGUGGCGCCCACUUCUCCCAGCAUGCCUCAGACGGCCGGCCCGGGAAUGGGCCCCCCGCCACCCAACGUCGGACGUAAACCCCACGACAGCACUUCGGCGGCCUCACAGACCCCCACCGCGUCUGGACAGGGCAGACAGGGUGGAUACCCUGCACCCCCCAUGGGCGGGAUGGGUCCUGCUGGACCCUACAACCAGCCACCUGGCAGCACUUCGGGCAGAAUGACCCCCCAGGGCCCGCCCUACAACCCCCCACCCUCAGGACCCAUGGUGAUGGCAGGAGAUGGCAUGGUGUCCGCUGACCCCAAGCUGCGGGCAGACCACAAAGAGGAAGGGGGCAUGACCAGCACAGAACCACCCAAACCCAAGGACAGCUACAGCUCUCAGUCUAUGUCCCAGCCCCCCACCCCCUCCCCUUUGUCCCCCAGCCCUGCUAGUCUGUCCUCUUAUCAGGGGGAUGACAGCGAUAGCAUUAGCAGUCCUGCCUGGCCAAAGAACCCCAGCAGCCCUAAGCACAGCUCAGCCACCAUGACCAAUGAGAAGAUCACGAGGCUAUAUGAGAUGGGCUGUGAGCCUGAAAGGAGGGCCUGGGUGGACCGUUAUCUGGCCUUUAUGGAGGAGAGGGGCACACCUGUGCCCAACCUGCCUGCAGUGGGCAAGAAGCCCCUGGACCUUUGUCGCCUCUACCUGUGCGUGCGUGAAAUUGGAGGCUUGGCCAUGGUGAACAAAAAUAAGAAAUGGAGGGAGCUGUCCACUCAUUUGAAUGUGGGUACGUCCAGCAGCUCAGCCAGCUCUCUGAAGAAACAGUACAUCCAAUAUCUGUUUGCCUAUGAGUGCAAGGUGGAGCGUGGAGAAGAGCCUCCGCCCGAUGCCUUCAUCAUGGGAGAUGGCAAGAAACAGCAGCCGCAACAGGCCAAGGUCCAACCGCCAUCACCCGCUAACUCUGGGUCACUUCAGGGCCCCCAGACGCCCCAGUCAACAGGCAGCAGCUCCAUGACAGAAAUGCCACCAGACCUGAAGCCACCCACCCCAGCCACCACACCCCAUGGACAAAUCACUCCUCAGCAAGGAGCCAGGAACAGUGGUGUCAGUUUGGCUGACCCUUUCUCAGAGGGCAGUGAUCCUGCCUUCCACAAACGUGGCACCAUGCCUCCUGGGGCUCCAUACCAGCAGGGCACAGCUGGUGAUGCCAAUAUCAGAAUGCAGUAUGAUGCCAACAAAGAUCACUAUGGACCCCCCAGGAAGGGUGGCACUGAGCCUUUCAUGCCAGGGCAGAUGCCCAGCAGCGGUAUGCAGGAUAUGUACCCGCGUGGACCUCCAUCUGGCUUGGGAAUGGGCCCUCGACCACAGUACCCCUACAGUCCUGGCUUUGAACGCAGGCCAGACCAUGUAAUGGGGCUGGAAGGAGGAAUGGCACCACCUGGGGGUCAGAACAACAUGGUUCCUUCCAACAGUGAUCCAAGCAUGUACCCUGUCAAUCGAUACCCUUCCCAUCAAAGACAUGGUCAUGAUGGUUAUGGCCAGCAGUAUCCUCAUGGCAUGCCAUAUGGUGCACAUGGAAUGUACCCUCAGCAGCAGGGCUACAAACGGCCAGUGGAGGGCAUCUAUGGCCCGCCAUCCAAGCGGCAUGAGAGUGAGGCUUACGGCAUGCAGUAUGGCGCUGGCCAGCAGCCUGACAUGUAUGGCCAGUAUGGUGGCCCUGGAUACCCAGAUCGCAGCAGAGCCAUGCAGGGCCAGUUCCCUUACCCGUAUGGCCGAGACCGCAUGGCUCCUUCCAGUCAAGGACCUCCCCAGCACAGCAUGAUGAGUGGAGGUCCUCUCCCCUCCUCUGCUGCUGCUCCCACUGGAGGACCCCAAGGGGGCAUGUGGCACCCUAGGACUGAUAUGGGCUAUCCUUACCCAGGCAGGCAGGUUCACGGUGCCCCUUAUCCUUCCAUGAGCAGAGCAGAUGACCCUGAGGCAAGGUCAGGCCAAGAUGGUCAGUGGCCUGCUCAUCCCGGUCAGCGUCAAUCCCCAUACCCACCACCUUCCUCAUCCUCCUCUUCCUCUUCUUCCAGCCCUAUGCCAACAAUGCCCAGCCGGCAGCCCCCAUCCUCCUACCAGUCACCUCCAGCAAUGCCCAACCACAUCUCUCGUGCCCCAAGUCCAGCACCCUUCCCCCGGUCCAUUGGUGGUUCUAUGUCCCCCAACAAAGCGCACUACAUGCCCUCCAUGAAGAUGCCCAAGCCGGGGGUUCCUGGAUCCAUUCCAUGCUCUCAGAGUGGGGGACUUCCUGGCCAGGGCCUCCAAACCAUCCACCGGGAGGUCAGCUUCCCCCCUGGUUCCGUGGAGGUUACCCAGCCCCAGCUGAAGCCUCGGCGCAGGAUCACCUCCAAGGAUAUUGGUACACCAGAGGCCUGGCGGGUAAUGAUGUCUUUGAAGUCGGGCUUGCUGGCUGAGAGUACUUGGGCCCUGGACACCAUAAACAUCCUGUUGUAUGACGACAGUACAGUGGCCUCUUUUACUUUGUCUCAGCUGCCUGGUUUCUUGGAACUCAUUGUGGAGUAUCUCAGGCGAUGCCUGAUUGAGAUCUUCGGGAUCCUGGAAGAAUAUGAGGUUGGGACCGAGGGCCAGAAAACACUCCUUGGUCCACUCCCAGAGCCCCCUAACGAGGAGGAGCUAGCCAGCCUAGAUAUGGACAACCAGUCAGAUGCAGACCAGACAGAACAGAGGCCAGAGGUGAAUGCAGAAGGGCCGGCCCCCAGCAGCUCACAGGAUGCAGACUUGGAAGAGAAAAAGGAGAAAGCCGGGGCAGUAAAAGAGGAGCUCGAGGAGGUAGGCGUGGCAGUAUCUUCACCUACAGAGAGUAGACCUAGACAGGCUAGCAAGUAUGACAAGCUACCAUUGAAAGUGGAGGAGAGAGAAGCAGAUGUUGACCUGGUGGAGGACCACUUGGAACAUCUUGGCCUGCUCAGGGAAUUCACUAGCGGGCUGCUGCACUGGAAGGCUGGUGGAGGAGACUCUACUGCUCACAUCCAGACGCACUUUGUGAGACAGACCGGGGAAUCUAUCAAGUGUGGCCCCUUGGCAGCCCAAGAGAAUGACCAGGUCAAGGAAACGAAAGAGACGGAGGAGGAGGAGGAGUCCAAGAAAGAGGAAGAAGAGGGACCUUCUUCAGCGAAGGGUGUGACUGCCACUGUGGAUGACAUGCUGUGUUCAAGGCCAGGCUCACUCCCUGAGGGUGAAAGCCAGCCAUUGCCCUUCCGCGAUCGAUCAAGUCAGAGUCACAUCACGCUGCUGGAGGAUGAGGCGCGCUGCUGGGAUGAAGCCCCUCUAUCCAUUGUAGAGCCCUGGCAGGAUGAGCUGGCCAAACGGUGCAUUUGUGUCUCUAACAUUAUCCGUGGUCUCUCUUUUGUGCCUGGCAACGACGGGGAGAUGGCACGCCACCCGGGCUUGGUGCUCAUCCUGGGUAAACUGGUGCUGCUGCACCACGAGCACCCACAGAGGAAAAAGAAAGCACCUCCACCACCUCCCGUCCUACAGCGCGAGGAAGAGCGUAGCCUGGCCUGCAGCAAGGAUGAGUGGUGGUGGGACUGCCUGUCAGCAUUGCGCGAGAACACAUUGGUCACGCUAGCAAAUAUGGCCGGCCAACUGGACCUGUCGUUGUACCCUGAGAGCAUCUGCUUGCCCAUCCUGGAUGGCCUGCUACAUUGGAUGGUGUGCCCGUCAGCCGAGGCACAAGACCCUUUCUGCACAGCAGUGGGCGGCAUCUCAUCAUCGCUCACACCCCAGCGACUAGCGCUGGAGUGCCUCUGCAAGCUAAGCAUCCAGGACUGCAACGUGGACCUACUGCUGGCCACACCACCGUUCAGCAGGCAGGAACGUCUCUACGCCGCACUGGUGCGCUUCGUGGCCGAGCGCAAGAGCCAGGUGUGCCGCGAGAUGGCGGUGGCGGUGCUUUCCAACCUGGCGCAGGGCGACCCCACGGCGGCACGGGCUGUGGCACUGCAGAAAGGCAGUGUAGGUACGCUCGUGGGUUUUCUGGAGGACUGCGUGGCCAUGGCACAGUACCAGCACAGCUCCCACAGCUUGCUGCACGCUGGUCACCCCGAGCCGCCCAGCGUCAACAUGAUGUGCCGUGCCGCCAAAGCCCUGCUGGCCAUGGCUCAGGUGGAAGAGAACCGGCCCGAGUUCGUGCUGUAUGAGAGCAGGCUGCUUGACAUCUCGCUUUCGUCCGUGCUGAACUCUGCUGUGGCGGCCAUUUUAUGCGAGGUACUGUUUAAACUGGGCCGCUCGUGACACGUACAGACAUGCUGGGAGAGCCACAACC